GUGAUUCACACUGACAUGUAUGUAAAUAGCAUCGGACCAGUGAAUGCUAUCAAUAUGGAAUAUACAAUUGAUAUAUUUUUCGCCCAAACGUGGUAUGACAGACGUCUGAAGUUCAACAGCACUAUAAAAGUGCUCAGAUUAAACAGCAACAUGGUUGGGAAGAUCUGGAUACCAGACACAUUCUUCCGAAAUUCCAAGAAAGCUGAUGCCCAUUGGAUAACAACUCCUAAUAGGAUGCUCAGGAUCUGGAAUGAUGGCAGAGUGUUGUACACGCUAAGGCUGACAAUCGAUGCUGAAUGUCAGCUGCAGCUACACAACUUCCCCAUGGACGCUCAUUCCUGCCCACUGGAAUUUUCAAGUUAUGGUUACCCAAGAGAAGAGAUCAUUUACCAAUGGAAGCGCAGCUCAGUGGAGGUGGGGGACACCAGGUCCUGGAGGCUUUACCAGUUUUCCUUUACGGGAUUGAGAAAUACGACUGAGGUGGUGAAGACUACUUCAGGAGAUUAUGUAGUCAUGUCUGUCUACUUUAACCUGAGCAGGAGAAUGGGUUAUUUCACAAUUCAGACUUACAUUCCCUGCACACUUAUUGUUGUGUUGUCCUGGGUCUCUUUCUGGAUUAACAAGGAUGCUGUUCCAGCCAGAACAUCACUGGGUAUCACAACUGUCCUGACAAUGACCACUCUAAGUACAAUUGCUCGUAAAUCUCUUCCAAAAGUUUCCUAUGUGACAGCAAUGGAUCUUUUUGUGUCAGUUUGUUUUAUUUUUGUUUUCUCUGCACUGGUUGAGUAUGGAACUUUGCACUACUUUGUCAGCAACAGAAAGCCAAGCAAGGAUAAAGACAAAAAGAAGAAAAAUCCACUUCUUCGGAUGUUUUCCUUCAAGGCACCCACAAUUGACAUCCGGCCUCGAUCAGCCACUAUUCAAAUGAACAAUGCCACACAUCUCCAAGAAAGGGAUGAAGAAUACGGGUAUGAGUGUCUUGAUGGCAAGGACUGUGCCAGUUUUUUUUGCUGCUUUGAGGAUUGUCGAACAGGAGCGUGGAGGCAUGGCAGAAUACACAUCCGCAUUGCCAAAAUGGACUCUUACGCCCGCAUCUUCUUCCCAACUGCCUUCUGUUUGUUUAACCUGGUGUACUGGGUAUCAUAUCUUUACCUUUAA